AUGCAAGAACAGCACCACGAAGCCCCACCACCGCCACCGUCAAUGCCGCUCUAUGAUCUCUUCGCACCUCCGGCACUAAUGCUUCCAUCGUCUUCAAUAUUGCGUCCUCCACCUCCUCCUUCUACUACUAUUGAUCAUCAACAAGUAUUAGUGUUUCCUGAAAAUAUUGAUUGGGUCUCUGCUCAAAGUGGAUUAAUGGUUGAGAAUUACAAGGGCUUAUUAAUGGAAAAAAGUAGUGGUUGUGCACAAAAACCAAAUGGCGGAGGAGAAGAGAAGAUCAUUACUAAUAAUAAUAUUAAGGAUAAAAGGAAACCAGUGACCAAUAGUAGUAGAAAUAGAAUGAGAAAGGCGAGCAAGCUUCGGUUUGCGUUUCAGACAAAGAGUGCUGAUGAUAUUCUUGACGAAGGUUAUCGUUGGAGGAAGUACGGACAGAAAUCUGUCAAGAACAGCAUUUAUCCCAGGAUGCUCUCAGCAAGUAAUCUCCUAGUUGGAUUAACAGUCUUGGCAUCCUCUAUAAAUAGCUCCACGGUGUGA